GGAGCCCAUGGAGGGGCCCCCGCCGCUCUGGGCGGCUUCUGCUGCUGGGCACCUAGGGGUGGUGCGUAGCCUGCUGGAUCACGGCGCGUCGGUGAACCAGACCACGCUGACCAACUCCACGCCGCUGCGGGCUGCUUGCUUUGACGGGCACCUGGAGAUUGUGCGCUACUUAGUAGGGGAGCGUGGCGCUGACCUGGAAGUAGCCAACCGGCAUGGACACACUUGUUUGAUGAUCUCUUGCUACAAAGGACACCGGGAAAUUGCGCGUUACUUGCUAGAGAAAGGGGCCGAUGUCAACCGCCGGAGCGUGAAGGGGAAUACUGCCCUGCAUGACUGUGCCGAGUCUGGCAGCCUGGAGAUCCUGCAGCUACUGCUCCGCUCCAAAGCCCGCAUGGAGAAGGAUGGCUAUGGCAUGACUCCUCUGCUAGCUGCCAGCGUCACCGGUCACACCAACAUUGUAGAGUACCUCAUCCAGGGUGGGCUGCAGCAGGAGGAAGAGGAAGUUGCAGGGAAUCAGAAUGGGACUUGUGCAUCAGGCGGGGGCCAUCAGAGGUGCUGCAGUGCUGGCCAGGAAUCGCCUCAGUGCUGUGCUGAAGAGAAGCAUGAGAGAUGUUGUGCUUCAGCUUCCAGUCAGGAGGAACAGCAGGUCCCUAACGUGUUCUGCACUCGAGAAGCGGCUGUGGAAGCACUGGAGUUACUGGGUGCCACGUUUGUGGAUAAGAAACGUGACCUUUUGGGAGCGCACAAGUACUGGCGAAGGGCGAUGGAGCUUCGGUAUGAGGGUGGGCAGUACCUGCCUAAACCUGAGCCCCGGCAGCUCGUGUUGGCAUAUGACUACUCGCGGGAAGUGAGCUCGCUGGAGGAACUGGAAGCCUUGAUUACUGAUCCGGAUGAGAUGCGCAUGCAGGCACUGCUGAUCAGAGAGCGCAUCUUGGGUCCUUCUCACCCCGAUACUUCCUAUUACAUCCGUUACCGAGGGGCAGUCUAUGCUGAUUCUGGCAACUUUGAACGCUGCAUUAACCUGUGGAAGUAUGCUCUGGACAUGCAACAAGGCAACUUGGAGCCUCUCAGCCCUAUGACUGCCAGUAGCUUCCUUUCCUUUGCUGAGCUUUUCUCUUACGUGCUUCAGGACCGCUCCAAAGGCACUUUAGCAACCCACUUGGGCUUCUCUGACCUCAUGGGAGUACUGAGCAAAGGGGUCCGGGAGGUGGAGAGGGCACUAGUGCAUGGCAAGGACCCUGUAGUUGACUCAGCACAGUUCACCAAGACGCUGGCCAUUAUCCUCCACCUGGUCUUCUUGCUGGAGAAGGUGGAGUGCACGCCAGAGCAGGAACACCAGAAGCGUCAGACUAUCUAUCGCCUGCUAAAGUGCAGCCCCAGGGCCAAGAAUGGCUUCACUCCUUUGCAUAUGGCUGUGGACAAGGAUACCACGACAGUGGGACGUUACCCAGUGGGCAAAUUCCCAUCGCUCCACGUAGUGAACUUGCUGCUGGAGUGUGGGGCUGACCCAGACAGUCGUGACUAUGACAACAACACCCCGCUGCAUGUUGCUGCCCGGAACAACUGCCCGCUGAUCAUGAGUGCCCUGAUGGAGGCUGGAGCCCACAUGGAUGCCACCAAUGCCUUCAAGCAGACUGCAUAUGAGCUGCUGGAUGAGAAGCUGCUCACCAAGAGCAUGAUGCAGCCCUUCAAUUACAUCACCCUCCAGUGCCUUGCUGCUCGUGCUCUGGACAAGCACAAGAUUCCCUACAAGGGUUUCAUCCCCGAGGAGCUGGAAGCCUUCAUAGAACUGCACUAGGGCAGGAGAGCUGAAGUUCCCAGCUUUUCCCAUCAUCUGUUUCACUCCAAAGAGGUAGCGCAGCCUGAGAUCUCAUGCCAUCCUUGUCAAGGUGCUGAAGGCCUUCAUUGUGCUGAGACGGGCUGCAGGCUUUGUCCUCAUCUGUCACCAUCAAGCCAGGAUGUGCAGGGGUAGGGGAGGAGGAGAAGGCUCAAGAGCUCAUGGCUGUCCCUCAUUGUUGUCACCUUCAGGUACCAGAUAUCUCCAGUGCACUGUAUCCAGAGAAGGCUGCAGGCCCUGCCCUUUCCCAUGCCAACCGUCUUGUCCUGAGGAGGAAGGAAAAUGGAGAUCCCUGGGACCUGCUGCCUCUCCCAUUAGUGCUGGAUUAACUCAGCUGUUAUGCUUUGGAGCAG